AUGGCUCACAUCAAAAGCAUUUUAUUUGAUCAACAUGAAGACGGAACUGGUGAAUGGUUCCUCGGUUCCGAAGAGUUCCAGAAAUGGAUUAAAACUAAAGAUAGAAUGUUUUUCUGUCCAGGCCUUCCAGGAGCGGGGAAGACAGUCCUAGCCGCCAUUGCCAUCCACCACCUUCAGAACCUCUUCGGGAAUGACAGCAACAUUGGCAUAGCUUACCAUUACUGCGACUUUGGGCACCGAUACAACGAAACCGACAAUCUUAUUCUAUCGAGUAUCCUCAAGCAGCUUGCCCAGUGUUCAGGCUCUUUACCAGAUGCAAUGAGCACUUUGUAUAGCAAGCACAAGGAUAAGGGCACUCGACCUUCGCUCAGAGAAAUUGCAAGUGCGUUGAAGACUGUGGCGUGUCUGCAUUAUCGAAUCUUCAUAGUUAUUGAUGGCCUCGACGAGUGUCUUGUAUGGAGAGACGUUAUGGCUCAGCUCAGAGGCUUGCAGGGAGCGAAUAUCUUGGCGACCUCUCGGGCUAUCCCUGAUAUUGCCAACGACCCGGUGUUGAAAGGAAGUAGUAUACUCGAAGUACAUGCCAGGGGUACCGAUGUUCGCAAAUACCUCAAUCGUAAUAUGUCAAAGCUUAGUCGGUUCGUCAUGCGUGACCAGCAGCUUCAGGAGGAUAUUUGCAACGCCAUCUUAGGAGCGAGCGGAGGGAUGUUCCUCCUUGCCCGCCUGCAUCUCAACUCUCUAGAAGGUAAAUUGUCAGUCGGGACUCUCAGGAACGCCCUCACCGCCUUGCCAACCGGGACACUAGCAUACGACGAGGCCUACGACGAUGCAAUGAAAAGGAUAGAGAGUCAGCAUCGAGAACGAACAGCAAUCGCUAAGGAUGUUCUAGCAUGGCUUACCUUUGCAAAGAGACCCCUCAGGGUCGAAGAGCUCCGAACAGCAGUUAUCGUCCAGGAAACAGAUUCACAUCUUGAUGAGGAGAGACUAAUGGAUAUUGAAGACAUGGUCUCCGUCUGCGCGGGCUUGGUGGAGAUAGAUGAAAAGAACGACAGGGUCACUCUAAUUCAUAACACUACGAAAGAGUACUUGAAGCGAACACGAGAAAAGUGGCGCCCGGAUGCAGACGCUGCAAUUGCAACGUCAUGCCUUGCCUAUCUUUUGUUCCGUGUCUUUGACGUCGAGUUCUCGGAGAUAGACGAAUGUCUACAACGCGAAAAGGCUGGGAGGCAGCUUUAUCCACUGCUGGAUUACUCCAUGGAGUAUAGUGCCCUGCAUGCCCGCCUCGCUGUAACCAAACCGCCCUCCGUCGCUAGGUUUCUUUCUUCAGAGUCAAGGGUUACCAGAAAUUGGUUGCUACUUAAAGCAAAGUGUGGGAAUGAACAGGGAAAAGAGACUGUGGAAUGGCUUAUAGAGCAAGGCCUAUGCACCGAUGUACGGGAUGCAGAAGGGAGAACCCCUUUGCAUUAUGCUGUGCUUAACGGCUGGGAACAAUGCGUUCAGCUUUUACUGGAGAGAAGAGCGAGCCUGGACUCAGACAUCGAGAACAUGACUCCUUUGCACUACACAGUCAAGAACGGUGACGAAGCGAUCGCCCGAACCUUUCUCAGCGCCGGAACGCCAGUAGAUACGCUAGUGGUGAGACAGACAUACAUACCCACUUAUCAAGAGGGCAGAGUUAUAUACGUUAUCGGAGAUAGUGAGAAGAGUGUUGCCCAAAACUCCCGCACAGUGGAAGGUCUGACUACUUUACACCUCGCUGCCUUGACGGGGAGUCAACGGAUGACGAAGUUCCUUCUGGAUCAUGGCGCCAAUCCAAACUUUCCUUCGGAUAGCGGCGAGACGCCCCUACAUCUAGCAUUGAGGCGGGAUUUGUAUGGGCCGAAAUGGCCCGGCAUUGUGGACUUCUGGAACGACCCAGAUAACCGCGUGGAAUGUGUUCUUGACUACAUCGAAUUAGAUGAUGAUGAGGACGAAUAUUGCUCAAUCCAAAAAAAAAAGAACCCCGAGGUCGAUGUUGACGCCCAAGACAUGUUCGGCAUUUCUUCAUUGCAUAUUGCAGCCGGUAGCAAAGACUUAUCUGAGUCCAUAACCCAGAAGCUCAUCGAAAAAGGCGCCACGAUCUCAUUGAGCACAAAAGAGAACAAAACACUAUUACAUUUCGCUGUCAUGAAUGGGAACCUGGGUGUUGUUUCCAAGCUUCUCACGCUUGGAGCAGAUCCCACGGAUGAGGAUGUCAACGGACUCAACGCUUUGCAUUAUGCGGCACAAAAAGGCCACUUACAAAUAAUGCAGGAUGUAUUAAGCCGAGUUCCAGACUUUUUAUCGGAAACAUUCCUGGGAUCGAAAGAUAAAAAUGGACAGAAUGUGUGGCAUCAUCUGUUGAGCAACGAUGGCCCUGUUGACAUUGCUGUCGCCAGAUAUCUCUUGGAACGGUUCAAUGACAUUAAUGAACUUGACAGCAGAGGUAUGUCGCCAAUGGCCAUAUAUCUCAGUGCGUUCAUCCUCUGUGAAUACCAGGAUGACCAAGAAAUAUUGGAUCUUAUGUUCAAAUAUGGAGCAGACCCGGAUUUCAAGACCUCAGAAGGGUUGGGCUUGGCGCAUCUAGCAGCUAGAUCGCGCCGGCUUUCUGUGAGCGUACUCCAAAAAUUAGCAAGUUGGGGUGUAAACCUAAAGUCUAGGGAUGAACAAGGUCGAACUGCUCUCCAUCAUAGUUCCAUAAGGGGAACCCUAUCAGAGAAAGUCCUGCACUUUCUUUGCGAAGAUGUACAAUUGCCUGUAUAUCUUCGUGAUGUACAUGGGAAUACAGCGUUGGAUUAUGCCGUUGAGAUGGGACAACAAGAUCAUGAUCCAAAUAUCAUUGAUCCAGACCGAUGGGUUACGGCGGGGAAGCUACUGCGUAGUGUAUAA